AUGGCCGACGCCGCCGAGCUCAAGAAGAAGUGCGAGAGCCUCAAGGAGACGAUCGAGAAGACGCGCGAGGUCAAGGCCGACGGCGGCUUCCAGAGCGCCAACGCCAGCGCCGGCGCCAAGCCGAUUCCGGCCCCGCCCAAGUGCCGCAGGCUGCUCAAGGGCCACUUCGGCAAGAUCUACGCCAUGCAGUGGGGCGGCGACAGCUCGAGCCUCGUGUCGGCGUCGCAGGACGGCAAGCUCAUCGUCUGGAACGCGCAGACGACCAACAAGAUCCAGGCCAUCCCGCUGCGCUCGAGCUGGGUCAUGACCUGCGCCUUCGAGCAGAAGCAGCGCAACAUGGUGGCCUGCGGGGGGCUCGAUAACCUCUGCAGCAUCUUCCACCUGUCGCAGGCGCAGGUCAUGCGCGCCACCAAGGAGCUGGCGGCCCACGACGGCUACCUCAGCUGCUGCAGGUUCAUCGACGAGGCCAGCAUCGUCACGAGCUCCGGCGACUCCAACUGCAUCCUCUGGGACGUCGAGAGCGGGGAGGUCAAGACCACCUUCCGCGAACACUCGGGCGACGUCAUGUCCGUGAGCAUCAACCCGCACAACCCGAGCAUGUUCAUCUCGGGCUCGUGCGACUCCACGGCCAAGGUCUGGGAUAUCCGCACGGGCAAGACCACGCACACGUUCCAGGGCCACGAGUCCGACAUCAACUCGGUCGACUUCUUCCCGAGUGGCAACGCGCUGGGCACGGGCUCGGACGACUCGAGCUGCCGCCUCUUCGACCUCCGCGCGUACGGCGAGCUCAACAACUUCAGCAACGACAAGAUCCUGUGCGGCAUCACGUCCGUGAGCUUCUCCAAGUCGGGCCGCUUCCUCUUCGCCGGCUACGACGACUACAACUGCUACUGCUGGGACGUGCUCAGCACCACGGGCUCACACAUCUAUCAGCUCGCCGGACACGAGAACCGUGUAUCUUGCCUCGGCGUCAACCCGGCCGGCCAGGCACUGUGCACAGGCAGCUGGGACACGCUACUCAAGAUCUGGGCUUAA